GAGUUGAAGAGCUGCUUUCACUUGGCAAGGCACCACGUAUACACUUGAAGGAAAAGCUGCUUCUGACCAAGAAGUGACUACAUAUCGAGGAUCAGUCUCAGAAAGUCAACAAAACAAUUUGCCCCAUUGUUCUUGCACGAAUUCCCACUCUAAUGGGUGUUUUAUGAUCUGCGUCUAACUUUCCUUCAGAUUUCUGUUGAAGAUCUCCACUAUGGUCCUAUUGUACACAUGCCUUACAAUUUCCUUUGUUUUACUGCUAGCAUUAAGUGAUGGACGCCUGGAAUUCCUAGCAGACAUUACUGACCUUAAUCCACCGACCAACCUCACAGUUGUGGAUAGACAGCUUGGGGAAGUGACAUUUUCUUGGAAUGAUGGCCUCAGUGAAUUCAUAAAGGCUCAGAGCCGCGUUAGAUAUCUCUUUGAGUACAAGUACUUUGAUUCUCAAAGUUGGCAAGAAGAUUCUAGGCUUCUGGAGCCAGAAUAUAUGAAAAGGUUUGAAUUACACCGGGGUGUUUACAUUCGAGUUAAAAAUGUGCUUCUAGAUAAACACCAAAAAACAGUAAAAGAAAGUAACUGGACUGUAAUGGGCAUUCAAUCGUCAACAGGUGAUCGAGAAACAUUGGCUUCCAAUUUCUCAUGUGUUCUCUAUAAUCAUUCUGCCAUGAAUUGUACAUGGUAUUGUGGCAGGAAAGCACCAAAUGACACGCAAUAUAAAAUGUACUACAGACAGAAUGAUGCAACUCUGCAGUGUACACAUUAUACGGAUGUCGGUGGAAGGCAGGAAUGCCAUAUUGAUCAAGGCACAGUUGAUGUUGAGGAGAACGUUCUGAUAUGUGUCAAUGGAUCUAGUAAUUCUCGAAUGAUUCAACAAUAUUAUACAGAAUUUGACCCACAAGUAUAUGAGGUGUACAACCCACCAGUAAAUCUUGAGGUUUUGCCAAACCUGACAGUGAAAUGGGACAUACCUCCCGGCUAUGCCAUUAAUAUAGAUUGCUUUGCAUUUGAACUGAACGUCACUGAUCUGGACAAGGGUAGAACUGAGCUCUUCACUUGCCGACAUGAAACAAAGUAUGCCCUUGUACACAUCAAGCCCACAACACGUUACUCAGUGAAAGUAAGAAUGAAACUGAAGCAUUGCAAAGAAACAAAGUUCUGGAGCCCCUGGAGUAAUGAAGAUUUUAUCGAACCUGUCCAGGUGCUGAACAUUUAUUGGAUGCUGAUUACAUUGGCCAUAUUGGUCACGGUGCUAGGAUUGAUCCUAAUGUUUGCUUUCAAAAGGUACAGAUUAUUGGAAAUUGUAGUCAAACCAAUUCCCAGUCCUCAAAAGAAGUUCAACGCAUUGUUCGAAGAAUACAAUGGUGAUUUCCAGAAUUGGAUAAACUGUCAGAUACCAGUCUCAGAAGUUGAUGAAUGCCAUUCAGUUAUCAUUGAAGAAAAUCCCCAAAGUGAAGAAUUAAGAAGCUUUCGCUGCCGCCCAUCCAUGCACCUGCCAUGAUCCUGAGCUUACAAAUCGAUAUUUGGAAUGCCUUAUUUUCUCCAUGGCUUGUCCAUU